AACUAUAAAAACAAAGACAACAACAGAAUUAACGGACAUGAAUUUUAUGGGUCAUCUUCAUCUUCACCUUCAACCUCCACAAACUUCACUCUCCACAAACUCAAUCCCAGUCCCUAAUGUCUUCAGGCCAAGACCCCUUCUUCAAUCUGGAUUCGACCCCAAACCCAUUCUUCUCCCCAGUUUUCUCUCUUUGGCCCUCACUGUAACCUUAAGCUCCCCAUUCUCUGCUUUGGCAAUCCCUUCUCUUAAUUCUCCCUCUUUUCCUUCUCCUACUACCCCAUUUUCUCAAUCCAAGACUUUGAAGGUUGGAAUCGAAAAUGGAAAAAUCAGACCUUGCCCAUCUAUAAAUCCUGGCUGUAUAUCUUCAAAUCCGAAAUCAUCAUCAUUUGCAUUCCCAUGGAGGAUUCCAGAGAAUUUUUCAGACAAUGCCAUUCAGAAAUUGCAAGAUUCAAUCUUGGAAACUCAGGGAAACGCAAAAAUUCUAGCUGUGGAAGAUACCCCUGAUGGCCAAUAUCUGUUAGCCGAGGUCGAUGGCGGUUUCAAUGCUCGAGAUGUGAUGGAGUUUUUGGUGAAAGGAGAUGUAGUUGCUUACAGAGCUAUGGCAAAGAAAGUUACUUAUGUCUAUCCAUUCACCACAGCUUUAGGGGAUUCAAAGGGACAAGAAGAGCGUAUGAAGAAAAUCAUAGACCAAUUGGGUUGGUAUGCUCCAAGUUUUGAUGCCAUGGAAUAACAUUCUGAUUACUUAUGUAUGCAAAAACACACUGUUAUAGGCUACCUAUGAAGCCAAAAAAAAAAGAUGUUAUUUUUUGCCAGUCUGGUGGAAAUAAUGUAAUUUGUUUCACUCCAUUUGUAAAAGCAUUUAUUAGUCUGUACGUAGUUUGUUCAUCAAUACUGUUGCCACUUCUGAUGUUGUAAUUACUUCUUUGGCUAGAUAUUUUGCUCUCUUGCUAGGCUACUUUUACUGCUAUUAAUUGCAGACUUUCCUUCCUCUUUA